UCCGCAGCCGUUUUGGCUCAAGUUGGGGUUCAAGCGCCUUCGGGUUAAUUUUGAAUUGUGCUUGCGCUUAGGUCUACUGGAUCACACCGGCAAUUUGCCGUUCCACACAAUGGACGCAUUGACGACUCCAUACAUCCACAGUGACGAUUUUUUUGAUACCUACGUGAACCCUCAUUCGUUGGACCUAAUCUUAGGUGACAUGUGUACGCCGAUGCCUAGCAUCGGAUCAUUGCCCACCAUGCAGCCGGUCAACACGCAGUCAUUGCCGCUCUGGCAGGAAGACCACCCCAUGUUGCAGUCGAGCAGUGGCAAGUCAUGGAAGACUCUUGACGAGUUCGACCUCCCGCCGGAGCGUCUGCGGGCAGAAAUCACUGGCAACCACCCAUCGGAACACACGCAGGAUGAAGCCUGGUUGGGCCCUGGCAGCGCCCCCUCGGCGGCCGAUGUGCAGCUCUCAUCUCAGCCUGGAGGCGUACUGCGGCUCCAUGGCCAGCCGCUGCCGCGCAGGCAGGAAGACCACCCCAUUCUGCAGUCGAGCGGCGGCGAGUCAUGGAAGACUCUUGACGAGUUCGACCAUCCGCGCGAGCGCCGGCGGGCAGAAGCCACUGGCAGCCACCCAUCCGAACACGCGCAGGAUUCAGCCGCCCCCGCGGCCGAUGUGCAGCUGUCAUCUCAGCCUGGAGGCGUACUGCUGCUCCAUGGCCAGCCGCUGCCGCGCAGGCAGGAAGACCACCCCAUUCUGCAGUCGAGCGGCGGCGAGUCAUGGAAGACUCUUGACGAGUUCGACCAUCCGCGCGAGCGUCGCCGGGCAGAAGCCACAGGCAGCCACCCAUCCGAACACGCGCAGGAUUCAGCCGCCCCGGCGGCCGCUGCGCAGUUGUUAUCUCAGCCUGCAGGCGUACUGCGGCUCCAUGGCCAGCCGCUGCCGCGCAGGCAGGAAGACCACCCCAUUCUGCAGUCGAGCGGCGGCGAGUCAUGGAAGACUCUUGACGAGUUCGACCAUCCGCGCGAGCGUCGCCGGGCAGAAGCCACAGGCAGCCACCCAUCCGAACACGCGCAGGAUUCAGCCGCCCCGGCGGCCGCUGCGCAGUUGUCAUCUCAGCCUGCAGGCGUACUGCGGCUCCAUGGCCAGCCGCUGCCGCGCAGGCAGGAAGACCACCCCAUUCUGCAGUCGAGCGGCGGCGAGUCAUGGAAGACUCUUGACGAGUUCGACCACCCGCGCGGGGGCGCUCCGCUGAUCCAUCGCGCCGCGGGGGCGGCGCCAGCCUGGUCGCCGAUCAGGCCGCCCGGCAUGCCACCGCUCUCUGCCACUGAGGCGGGGCUCGCCGCAGGCCGCCGAGGCGAGCCAGGCCGCGCAGCGCGGGCGAGACAGUGUGCCAGCGGAGGGCGGGCAGGGACCUCCAGUGGUACGCCCGCGGCCGGCAGGGGGCUGGCCAGCAUGCAGGCCCAGCUCCUGGCGCAGGAGCAGCUGCUGGCCAAGGUCCAACAGGAGGCUCAGGAGCUCAGGCGGACUAUCCGCGAGCAGACGGCCUUCUUGGAGGAGCUUGAGUUUCAACAGGGCGAGCUCGUUGACAGCAUGCCAGCAGCUACCGAGGAGGCAGCGCCCGCCGCCCCUGGCGUUCCAAGAAUCACCACGCUCGUGAUUCGGAACAUUCCCAUGGCCAUGACGCAAGCUGACCUGCUGGACCUCUUCGACACGUCUGGUUUCGCGAGCCGCUACAACUACGUCUACAUGCCGACGACUUUCGAAACGGGGACCACCAGGGGGAUCGCGUUCGUAAAUUUUGCCACCUCGAACGACGCCCGCGAAUUCUCCAUCCUGUGGAACAAAUCGCGGCUGACCAGAGAUGCCGGCGCUGGAGUCACCGGGACUGUGAUCGAGGUCAGCUCGGCGGCGAGGCAGGGAUACUCGGAGAGCGUCAGGAUGUGGACGGCGAGCCGGCUGCGCCGCAUCAAGAACCCCAAGUUCCACCCCUUCAUCGCCCCAAGGCCAGCUGCCCUGUGAGCGCGCGGUUGACAGUUUUACUGGACGAGGGGAAGGGGGGACGUGUGGGGGACUUUCGGGUCACCUCGCC